ACUGUGCCGUACCCGCUGUCAUUGCAACGCAUAUUGUUUGUGUGACGAGAUGGGAGAGUUCCAUCGGCUACGCUUCAGACCACUGACGACUAUCGCGCCAUCGGCAUGAAUAAAAAAACACGGCUUAAAGCAUAACUGUUCGGCUGCGGGUCUCCAGACGUGAUAAAUAGCACGACGGCCAAGGAACAGAAGGGCACAGUGAACCGUGGUGCGUGAACGUAAACAUAAUACCGUCGGAGGAAGUGUGCGCUGUGCGUUUUGGUGUGAGCGGCUUCGGUGUGUGCAUGUGCUCUGCCGCCCAAAGGAAAGGAAGCUGUGUGCACAAAAGGACAACACAUACGCACACACCCGGGAGGGGUAAAGGUUGAGUCGUGCUCGUUUUUGGGGUGACGAAUUUGGUGCCCCGUGAUUGUUACGUGGUGGUGUUGUUCAGUGCUGGUGCGCGUGUGUGUUAGCCCCCCGCAACAACAACAAAAAAUCACCGUUUAUGUGGGAAGAGUGAGUUGUAGUGUGUGUAGCAACCCUUCCCAAUUACGACGACACCGAAGGACGGAGAGAGAGAGAGCGAGCAAGAGAGGAAGGGUACCGGCAUUAUCCUGCGGAAUUAGGACGAGGCCAAUCGGACAGCAGGAUGGGCGGAUUGCAGGCGGCCUGGUCCAUCAUGUCGAUGGUGACGCUGACACCGUUCUUCGCCUUCCUAUUUUCCAUCGUGUUUAUGGCAUCGAUCGGAAAAUCGUUCGGCGUGCGGCGACUCUACGUGAACCUGCUGGUGAAAAUAUUCGAGUUCGGUCGUCAGAACAUUGAAUCGGUGCGGAAGCAGCAGUUUGCCAACAUUACACAAUCAGAUCCAGAAGAUGAGGACGCACCCAGCGGUGACAAUCCUAGCCCGGACACGGCCGACACCGGCGAUGGCACGGGAAGCGCCAAAACGAACGGCACCCUACCGAACGGGGGCAGCCACCGGUACAUGAACGGGCGCGACACCUCCUCACACAUUGCGAACGGUGGCAACACCGUCAUUAGCCGGGCGGAAUCGCUCAUCCUAUCGCCGGAGAUGAUCGAUGACACGCGCAGCAAAAGUGCCGAACCGCAGGAGGAGGGCGCGGGUGGUGGUAUGCGCGAUCAGGGCGAAGAGGGCGACGAGGAAACCAAAUCGGAUGGGUCGGAGGGCGGCGGCGGCGAGCACGAGGCAGCCGGCUUCAAGCUGUCGAACUGUCUCGACUACGUCAAGUCGGGCAUGGAGGCCAUCAUCGAGGAUCAGGUGACGAGCCGGUUCCUGGCGGAGGAGCUUAAAAAUUGGAACCUGCUCACGCGCACCAACCGGCAGUACGAGUUCAUCAGCUGGCGGUUGACGGUGAUAUGGAUGAUCGGGUUUUUGAUUCGAUACUUUAUCCUGAUGCCGAUGCGGGUGCUCAUCUGCUUCAUCGGGGUGGUCUACUGCGUGAUUGGCUUCGCGUUCGUGGGCAUGAUUCCGACGUACCGGUUGCGCCGUGCGAUGAACGAUAUCGUGUUUAAGCACACGUUCCGUAUGAUUACCCGCUCGAUUUCGGGCGUGGUGCGGUUCCACCACCCCGAGUACAAGCCGAAAAACUGUGGCUUCUGCGUGGCGAACCACACGACACCGAUUGACAUUGCGAUCCUGUCCACCGACUGUACCUACUCGCUGAUCGGGCAACGACAUGGCGGAUUUUUGGGCGUGCUUCAGCGUGCCCUGGCCCGAGCCUCGCCGCACAUCUGGUUCGAGCGUGCAGAAGCAAAGGAUCGUAUUCUGGUGGCGAAGAGGUUAAAGGAGCACGUGACCGAUCCGAAAAAUCCACCGAUCCUAAUCUUCCCCGAGGGCACCUGCAUCAACAACACCUCCGUAAUGCAGUUCAAAAAGGGCAGCUUUGAGGUUGGCGGCGUCAUCUAUCCAGUAGCCAUCAAAUACGAUCCACGGUUUGGUGAUGCUUUCUGGAACAGCUCGCGCUACUCGAUGAUGCAGUACCUGUUCCUCAUGAUGACCUCCUGGGCGAUCGUGUGCGACGUCUGGUAUCUGCCACCGAUGGAGCGGCAGGAGGGCGAGUCGGCGAUCGAUUUCGCGAACCGCGUGAAGCGCGUCAUCGCCGACCAGGGCGGUCUGGUCGAUCUCGUCUGGGACGGGCAGCUGAAGCGCUCGAAACCAAAGAAGGAAUGGAAGGAGAAGCAGCAGGAGAAGUUUAGCAAGCUGCUGAAGGGCGAAUGACAGUUGGCCUAGCGGUCACCGGCACGGUCCGCCCGCUGGCAGCCCCAGCCACCGGGUGCAGUGGAUCGGAGCAGUGCUAAAGCGUCCUCCACCCCGUCACCUCAGGAGGCGCCGGCAGUGGCAGAACAAAGGCAGGAGGCUAGUCCGCAGUGAGCGGACCCCGAGUAGUGCGGUAGUUGCGUAUACCGCAACACGUAGAUGCAAUAGAGAAUGAGCACGGGCGCGGGUGCAUUCCGCGUUCUGCGUAACCAAUAAUCAGUCAUAACAGGACAAAGGGGGUCUCCCCUUUAACAAACACACAGACAGUCACACAAACCAAUCAAAUUCUCCGCCCUUUCGGAAGUCCAUCCGGUAGGGAAGUGAGAGGAGAGGGAGUAUGUACAGUGUGUAGCAACCGUGUGCUCAUUGUUUGUGUGUAUCAUGUGUAUCGCACCAGACAAGCUGUACAGAACCCGAUGUGCACUGUUUGCCCAUGUAACAACACCAACCAUCACCACCAAAUAACGACAACAAAUUGUGUACUAAAUGCGCUUAGGUGAAAUGAUUUUCCUCGCUCGCUGUGAAAAAGCAUUCUUAAUUUAACCGAUUUCCUGUACCUCCUCUACCCCAUACUAUACCAUCGUUUGCUGCUCGUUUUUAAAGAAGUAUAUGUAGCAUUUACGUUUCAAAAACACACACACAAACACACGUACCGCUUCGCGCUGGGGGAAGCGAUUCAGUAGUACACGCAGUGUAGUACAAACCAGGAUCAUCAGCAGCACAGUAUCAGGAACCUUUACUUAAGUAGAUCAGCAGUAGCGCCGCGGUAAACGUAACCAACCAACCAACCAACCAACCAACCAGAGCAUAAAUAGUCAGGCACCAAAACCAACCAGUAGAUAUUAGGUAGCACCUUUCUAUUAUAGAAUUUUCUAUUUCCUUUCGCUUCUGUCAUUUCCUUUCAAUUGUAAACUUUACUUCUACUAUCCUCCUUCGAUGUUUGUGUGUGUAUGUGAAUAUCUUUUACAUAAGUUUGUGGUAAUUAGUCCUAUUUUCCGUAACUUCUUGUUUCAUUUUUUUAAUCUUCCCUUGUCAAAACUGUCAACAAAAAAGAGAGUGGAUUUGAUUGCCACCUGUGUAUUGCAUGUGUUUCCAGAAUGCUGUUAUUAAGCAUUCUUUCCUAAAAUGUCUAUGUUUUUUGUGUUGAUAAAUUAUUAUUGUUUGUAAUUCACUCUUUUUCCUUUCCUUUUGUUCGGACUGCUCACAUGUAUAGUUGACCACAAGAUUGUUUUCCUUCUUUUUUUCCUUGCGUUACGUUGUAACGUUUCGGGGCAGCUUUAUCCCGCCGAAUGCAGGCUGAAAUUGCAUGGCAGCUAAUCCUAUAAUCUUCUAUGCCACUCACACACACACACACAAACAUACCCACACCGUUAGAUUAGGAGUGGAAGGUACUGUAUGGCAUGAAAGUAGCAUUAAUAGUAACUGUAUAUCAUAAGACUGAACCAAGAACAUGGUGAUGGAAUGAGUGAGGCGGUAAAGAGAAGGGACCGGUGGUAGCAAAGACAGUGAAAAGGGAGGGGGUACACACGCAGGACCUUCGUUUGUUAUCCUAUAUAUAUGUAGGCAGGUAAGGCUGUAGGUGAGCUGGAUGCGGUUAAUGUUGGCCAAUGUGCCAAUGUGAGAGGCAAGGAGUUGGUUGAUGCAGUAGAUAUUUAUACCGAGUAAGGAAACCGUGACGGUUGCGCAUAUCCUAAUGGUAGGAGACACGAGAAUGUAUGUAAGAGAGACAGCGGAUGCAGUGAGAAGAUUAUACCGAAAGUGAGAUUAAAUUGUGGUUCGUGUGGGAUGGAAGGGAGAAAAUAAAAAGAGCAGAAACAAAAAGGAACACGAGUGUCACACUGUGGACAAAACAUGCCGUAGUAUAUCGCACCCUUUUAAAGUAACAUCCACAAAUUGAAGAUUGAACAAUCAAGCUCAGUGAAGCGAAAGACAGCCAGUAGGGCAGUGAGAUUUGUCAUACCUGUGGUGGUGGUGUGUGUGUGGCGCGCGCAAUCAAGACUAAAACACGUGCGCGCCAAACACGUGUCUCGAUAGUAAAUCAUUUUGUAUGCCUCUGGUUUUCAGUGCUUGCAUAAUACAUAGCUGUCGAAGAUUUAUAAAGUUAAGCGUUGCGUUACGGUUUUUGUUGAGCAAUUUUAGUAUUGUGUUGAGAAGUGUUAGUAGUGUUUUUGUUGUGCAAAUGAAAGACAGACGGCAACGCAUAUGAUUUCGUGCGAUAGUAAACAAUUGAACAGGCCAUUCGAUCAUAUUAUGAAACCCCAAUUAUGGUGCCAACUUUUGCCGAGCAGAAAUGGAGGGUUAAGAAAAGCGCGCAUAUAGCUCUGCCAUUAUUGCAUCCUUUGUACAUGUGUUUGCUCUGUGUAGGACUAUCAGCCAGGCGGGGCAGAGCUUUAUUGCUUUAUAAGGAACGUCCUGUUGCCUGAACAUACAUACAAAGAAAAAGUCAUACAUGCGCAAACAGAAUCAAAAGUUAGCCAAAAACACAGACACACUCACACCUUCUACUACAGUAGCCGGCAAAUGGCGAUAGCAGGUUAGCGUUUAAGGGAGUUUGCGUUUACCCAUUUCCGGUGCACUACACUGUACAGCGCACGAAACAGCAGUUAACCGUUGUGUAGUGAAAGCAAUAGAAAUCAAGGUUUUGUUUUUCCUCCUCUUCAGGAUACCACUACAAAGACAAGAUGUAAUAUCCGGUAUACCUUUGCAUCUAUUACUCGUACACGAUUUCAACCGCAAACCGUGCCGCGGUGUGCACUGUGGGGGCUUUUAUUUUGACUCCGCUUCUUUUGCUGCCCACUCGGCGAUUAAACGUUACUAAGGUCUCGGCGAAGCAUAAAAUAAAACAGGAACGAAACUAUUGAGAGCAAUGGACAUAGACAAAGGGGAAAAGCGUUAAAGCUGUGAGAUGGAUUUAGGUAGUGUGGUGUGCAGACACAAUCUGCAAUCGAAGAAACGUUUUUGGCAAGAGCAAAUAAAGAUAAUGGAAGUGUGGGAACAAGAUAA